AUUCGCGUUAUAGAAAUAAGUCCAGCGCAAUCACGACGAGAUGCCAUUAUAUGUCAUUUACGGACUAUAUCCCUUCUGGACAAAUCUGAAUACGAAGCUCUAUCAUACGUUUGGGGGAGGUCGAACGACACUAAGCAUAUACUGCUUGAUGGAAGUGAAUUAUCGGUGACAGAUAGCUUGUUUGAAGCAUUUACACACCUUCGCGAUGUCAAAAUGACACGUAUACUAUGGGUAGACGCCCUAUGUAUCAACCAGAAAGACGACAAUGAAAAGAGCAUACAAGUGAGGAUGAUGGAUAAAAUUUAUGCUCAAGCGUCCACAGUUUUGGUCUGGCUA